UCGGAUUCCUGUCGUUCACUUUCUUCGUUGUUGCUGCCUCUUUGUUGUGAAGAGAUUGACGAGUUGAAGAUCUGCUGUUGCUGUUGUUGUUGCUUGGACGACCGUUGGAUCUUGUAGCCGCCAAAUCGCGAGACACGUCUGGACCCCCGCUUGUCGUGCAUCGUCAGCACGCCCAACUACUUCGACCACCACGGCGUGCGCUUUCGACUUCAAUCGCAAAUAUCGUACUCAAAGGCCUAUUCCUUCGACAUCACUACCCUUGCUCGCUGUUGAUCAGUCGAAAUGGCUACUUUCACGCGCCAGCCGUUUGGCGAAAUCAGCACGCCUCGCCUGCAGGCACUCGGCAGCUCCAAGAACAGGCAGAACGCCUUGUCACCCAGCACUCCCAGCUUUGCAUGCCCGCUGAAGCCCAGCGCGACAUGGUCAAUCGGCAAGCGCCAACGCCAGCCUGAGAUCUUCGACGAGGAGGACUGCGAGAACACCGACCCGGCUGUCUUCAGCUCACCUACCAAGAAGUCUCGCACCAGCAGUGACGGGUUCGUGAAGCCUGCCCGGUUCUCCAUGGUCGCCUCGCCUGCCAGGUCCAGUGUCUCCCUCACCGCCUCUCCAGCCACCUCCAUGCCAUCCAUCCGCAAGUCCCUCUCUUCCCCAAACACAGCCAAGUCGACACCCAUCAGCCACAGCCGCGGCUCGCCAAAGAACAAGCGUCUGCAUGCUGUCUCCAAGCGCCGCGCAUCCAGCUCGCCCUUCCGCCGCGUCGACCCGCCUUCCUUCUCGCAAGGCGCGCUUCCAUUCUCCAUCGAUGCAGCACUCAGCGGCACCAUCUCCAACUACACACCCAAGUCCACCGUCACCGCCAGACUAACUCCCGCACCCCAGCGAGCCUCAGCGCUCGAGGAGACUAUGCCCAAGAGCUGGUUCUUCGAGAUCCACGAAGACACACCUGAGCAAGAAGCCGCCAACCUGAUGGAGCACUCUGCUUCCGUACUCGACAUCAGCUCUGACGACGACGCUGAGACAAAAGCGAAGAAUGAGGAGCUGUCCAAGGGCAAGGAGAACAUCCCACCACCUGACUUCGCACUCGUGCAGCCAAGGACAACGUCAGCAAAUGCUGUCGAUGAUGGUGAAGAGACUGAGAUCGAAGAGCCCGUCAAGCGCCCACGUCUGCGGAAGAUCAUCCAAGAUGCCAUGGACGAAGACCGCAGGCCGCUGGGUGACCUUUCCCCGACUGAAUUCUACGGCGAAGGGUGCGAUGCCAGCUCGUACGUCACUGUCGACGCUGGGAUUGAGAGGCCGUCAAGGCUGUCGAAGGAGGUCGACAUGGAGCCGACGUCUGAGAACGUGGAUCCAGUGAAGAAGGCAGUCGUCGAGUCUGCACCUGCUGUCGAGGAGACAGUGGCCGCUGCCGUGCACGUGGAGGAGGUCACGGGCGAAGCGGCUAUCACAUCAUCGGAAAAGGAAGCCUCAACAGCUCUCGAGACAACAUCACAAGCCGACGAGGCAACAAGUGAACCGCAAUGAGAGUUUGUCGGUUUGCUGCAUACCUAUAUACUUGAUUCUCGUCACGACGCGAUGCUGUUAUGAUGUUGGCGUUUGGGUAAUCAGGCUUGGGCUGUCUACAAUGACUGGCGUUUGGUUCAUACAUACAUAGAUACCUUUGCUUCUAUAGCUGUUGUUGCGCACUGUAGCCUCUUGCUUCAAUGCAUUAUCCUUGCAGUUCUUAAUAAUUC